AUGCAGACUGCCAGUAUGCUGGGACCAGGUGGAAACACCAUUAGGAACUUGCAAAAUGUUAAUAGUGCUUGCUCAACUCUCCUAGCUCAUACAAGUCAUAAUUACAACGAUAUUGUUAUUACAGGACAACAACAACAGCCAGACAAACUCCCACAACUCGAUGACUUCGAAGUGGAGAACAUUUCCCUGACUACCUCCGCAAUCGACACUGGUUGGUGGAAAUCUCUCCCGUGUCAGACGGACGGAAGACACACCACCAACGGACUGACAGACAGCAAAUAUGACGAAGACGGGGCAUUCGCUAGACAGCUUGGGGAAAGUCGUGCAGAAAACACUGCAAAAAUCGUGACGUUACCGAUGGGAGGUGAAAUUCUUCCUGGCGCCAAAACGCCACCAAACAGAACCGAGGCCACCGACAGAACUGGGUCUAACGAAUUCAAAUCGCAUCUGCCGUUUGCCAAACACGAUCUUACCCCAGACAACUUCGAAGAUACGUUUUUUGAAAAGAUUUCUAAUUUAUUCAUAAAUAACGAAAAACGUCUAAAGAGAAGUCUGUACUACGGAUUGAAAGUCGGCGUGUUACCAAGUAACUUCAGGUAUAAAUCACUAGACCAUCAAAGUGCGGAAAGCCAGAGACCAAGACAGGCACAGAUGAACAGACGGACAGAACGCAGAGACAGACGGUUCCAAGACGGAGGAACAGACAGAGUGACUCACUGGACAAAUAACAAGGAAGGAGCAUAUCAAAGUACAAAAGGGGCUGAUGAAGAGGCAACAGGUGAACCUCAUACCCCUGAACUUACUGCUGAAGAAUCUGCAUCAGCACCAAUUUUCGUAACAAUCGUUCAGCGGCACAAAGAAGCUGAUUAUUUCAUUGAUAAUCAUCAUCCCUACCAUUCUCCUCCUCCUCCUCCUCCCCCACCCCCUGUAUACCACCCAGAGCCACACUACCAUCCUCAUCCUCCUCUGAAAUACCAUCCAACACCUGAAUACUAUCCUCCUCCUCCUCACCCCCCUCCUCCUUUAGACUACUACCACUAUGAGAAAGAAUCCAAAUACUAUCAUGCCUCAGACUACCAUGAACCCAGCUACCACAAGCCAAAGUUUGUCCAUGAUAUCAAAUACGUGGAAGAACACGAGCAUUAUCCUCCACCACCUCCACCUCUACCACUCCCCAAACAUGAAAAGGGCCACCACUAUGCCCCUCCCGUAUAUCACGCAAAGAGUUACCAUGAAACUAAGGUUCAACAUGACUAUGUCCCUCCACCUCCUCCACCACCUAAAGUUUACCAUGAACCAGUGAUCGUACACAAGGGGCACCAUCAUAAAAAAGAUUAUUAUAUCCCUGAGCCUGAAUAUCAUCAUCCUGCUCCCACCACAUAUGAAUACAGUGUAAAAAUAUAUGAUAGAAAAGAUGACUUUGAACCAGAAUACUAUGAUCUUCCUAAAGCUUACCAUCCGGGAUACGAAGAGCCAAUAAAAGAAGUAAAGCACGAAUACAAAAAGGGCUCAAGAUCAUUUGAGCACAGUAUCAGCAAACUUCCUCCAGUACACAUUGUCGCUGACGAUCUGUAUGAUCCACCACCACCUCAUGGAUUCAUCAAGGCCAAAUACGAGACACCCGCAUCAUAUUCACCGCCACAUCACCACAGGUACAAUAAAGAUCAUCCCUUACCCAAAACGUCUUAUCACACCACACACUACAAAGAUUCAGUCCCUGUCCCUCCUCCCCUUCCUCCUCCCCCAGAGUUAACUGAAGACAGUUAUGAAGUCCCAUUGCCAGCUCCCCUUCCAUCCCUUGAAGAUGUAGAUCCUCUUAUCUUUGAUCCAAUCCUCCCAUAUAAUGAGUACUUCGAAGAUGCCUCCAGAAUUGCGCUGAAGAGGAAGCAGAAGAAGAAGAAGAGGAUUCAUUACAACAAGGUCUGACCACUGCUUCUAUGUAUUCUAAUCCAAAGCUCCACACCUCAGUCAGCACUGGUAUCCCCGUAACUCUUUCCAGUACUGCCCAAUCUUCACCAACCCUUACUACAGCAUCCGAGUCUGUUCCACCUAAACCAAGAGUAACAGAACCAUCAACGGGCACUCAGCAACCAUUAACAACAGUUGUAAGUGUUCUGAAUUUCCCAGAAACAGACACAAGCACUCCAUCUUCUGCUAUGACCAUAAUGACAUCAAUAGUAACUACCAACAAUAUACUUACAGAAAAAACAACAGACUCAGUUAUAGAACUGUCACCUAACGCGACAGAUGAGACAGACUUACCGAAAUCAGUCACAGAAUUAACAACACUGGAAAGCCUGCCAAGAGAAUUUACAACACUAGACAUGACUGACUUUCAAUCAACAAUUAAUGCUGAUAUUUCAACAACAACUGACUCACAAGACUUAGAUAUAACAGUUUCUAAUGAGGGAUUAUUAGCAGACUCAUUACAUAUUGAAACUUCAGAGACAACUACUAUACCAAGCAUACCUACAACCAAUAAUGUAUUAAAUGGAAUUGACAGAAGUGAGCAGGUAACAAGACCAACUUCCUUAAAAGACCUUCAGAAAAUUAGAGUUACAGAGCAAACAAUCAUAAAUGGAAAACAACUUCAGAAGGCACCUGACCUACUCCGAUUAUUUUUCUCAACACGUCCCCCAGCAUUAAAGUUUUCACUACCACUGCCUUCAGAAAUCAGUUCAAAAGACAGGAACACACUCAGAAGUUUUUUCUUUCCUGAAAGCCCCCAAUCAACACCAAAAAAGUCAAUUCUUGCCGAAGAAAUAAAUGAUGGUAGUGUUAGAAGAGGAAGUCAUGGAAAGACAAACACAAACACUGAAAACCAAGGACAACUGUCUAAUCUGGGACUUAAGUUUAAUCCCAGCCCUGGAAAGGAGUUGUCUUCGAACUCUGCAACAGAAGAUUUUCAACCUAUUCCAGCACCAUUACAACUUGUGACAAAUAAAACCUCCAUAUCAUUUCCUGAGACUAAUGGUACAGAAUUUGGAAUAGACGCAGGGCUUUUAGAACCAUCAGACACAAAUCCAACACAAGAUAUGUAUAGCUCUAACCAAACUUCCCCUAUCCUAAACAUGUAUGACACAAGACCAAUGUCAGGUUCUAAACUUGUGCAAGGAAACAUGUACUACUCAGCACCCACACAGGUAACGAACAUGUAUGGUUCUUAUACACAGGGAGAAACGUAUGGUUUAAAUAUGUAUGCAUACAAACAAAAACCACCCAAACGAAAGAGAAAUAAAAUAAAGUUUCCUUUGUGGAAUUUAUUCUGGAGACGGUCUAACACAGAUUCAUACAAUAUAGAUGGAGGAGGGAAUCUCCCAGUGCACUUCCAACUAUAAAUAUGUACAUAACUUUAUUUAACGAUCAUUUGCAACAAACAAGCCAGUUUUGAAAUCAUAACAAACUUUGAAUUUAUUGCAGUUCAUGUGACAUUCACAAAUUGCAUUCAAUUCAAAAAACUUUCUGUGCAUUAUAACAUAUUGCUCAGUUUGCUACACAACCUACAGUACAAUAAUUUUGCUCAUUCUAAAUGUAGUAAGGGGUUGGAAUGAGUGGAGAUGGAUUCAGUUCUUGCUUCCUUAAUUGUCUUUUUCAAAUGUUUCUGUUUCAAAAUUACUCCUUGUAGGGUUAAGAUCACGACUACUAAUCUAGUCUGAAAGUAACUUAAAGUUUUCAAGAUAUCUACACUUGUAUAAAGAAUUAUGAGUUCACAUCAAACCAUCCACAGCCUUAUCCUUUCACUUCAGUUCUAAGUGUAUCCAUUUACCCACACUCACUAAUGAUGAUAAUGAUUUUGCUACUGGGCAGUGAGAGACCUUCCUCUGUAGUAUAUCAGUUCUUUGUCCCUCUUACCCUCAUUAUUAAAAAAGUUUUAAUUAUACCUUUCACACCUUGAAUAGUAAUUUGAUGCUAUUACAUAGAACCAAUUUGCACCAUAUGAAGUUUUUUUUAUGAGCUUUUGCAAGUAAAUUUUUGUCUUAACCAAUUUGCCACUACUCCUUCAGCCACCAACAUUUAAGCCUCCAAAACACUGUAGCCUGCUAGUCUGGAGAAGACAUUACGAGUACUGUAUACAUUCUAUUGUAUUUAUCGAGGGCUUCACUCUCCCAAAUCUCAUGCUCAUGAGGUUCUAACUCUAGUUACUUGUACUAUCUUCAGGCAUAAUUUAUUAGACAAGUAAAAUGUAUGGUGACCUGAAAAUGGCAGCCUACUCUUUUCUCUUACCUAAAGAAGGCCUCGUUUAAAGCAUGUAAUACGUACCUUCCUUCCAAGCCUUCCAUUUUCUGCUGGGAAGUUAAUUACUGACUUCUCUGCUUAUCCUAUCUUUGGCCAACCCUUGUUGCUUUUAUCCAUGCAAAUUAUUGCUCCAAAAUUAUAGCUGAUCCUCAGAUCAAAUUCUCCAUUCCCUUUUUGCCCAGUACGUAUGUCAUUCCUGAGACAGAUUUACUCAGCUGCAAGUUUUGCCACUGGAAAAAUGUAUGAAUGCUUCUACUCUCUAUGAUGGACUGCUGAUAAAUUUGGAUACAAUACAUUUUUAUUUGAUCACAUCAUAUGACCCAUAACUACAGGCAGUCCCCAUGUUACGACGGGGGUUCCGUUCUUGAGACGUGUUAUAAGCUGAAAAUCGCCGUAAGCUGAAAAUCGUCAAAAAUCCUAAGAAAACUUACUUUUAAUGCUUUGGGUGCAUUAAAAACUAUGUAAACUGCAUUCUUAUUGAAUUUUUCAUCAAAAAAAACUGUCAAAUAUUGAUUAUUUUGCGUUUUUGGAGUCAUAUUUCUUCUGCCAGAUCAGCAUUGGAGGCAUCAUAACCCUGGAACAUAUGUCGUAAACCUGGAAAUAAUUUCUGAUAAAUAUAAUUGAAAAGUGCUGUAACCUAGAAACGUCGUAAGCCUAACCCGUCGUAAGCCGGGGACUGCCUGUAUUCCAUAUGUCUCAUCACAUAAAAGGACAUUAGGUUCUCUGCGGCAAUCAUUUGUUUCUGUAAAAAUACUCUUUUGUGCAAAUUCAUGUUUUUUAGAUAACAACCACUGGGUACUCAGAGCUUUCUAAUCAUUCUUCUCUAACUGGAUGCAAAGGUUUUCCAAAAGUAAAGCUCAGCACCAAUGGAGACAAGACCACUUUAGUUAGUGGGGAUCAAUAGUUGAGAAUCUGAACUGAAGUAUACGGCUAUCUAAGGCAAUGGCAGGUACUGUAUGUAUGAAAAAUUAAUAGUUCAAAAAUUAUUAUUUUUUUAAUUUUACAUAUAUGUGCAUGGUACAUUAGAAGCAAUCACAUACCUAGUCUGAAAUUAUUAAAAUAUGAAGUGCUAACUACAAAAAAAUACUACUUGAACUUAUCAACUAUUUAGACGACAUCUAUAUAUUUGACAUCCUCUAAAAAUGUCCUUUUAUUUAGUGUUACAGUGCUUAACAGUUGGGUGAAAGAACGGAUUCAAUGAAUACAAAACUUUGUUAAAAAAUAUCAACUUUUCUUCAAGAAAUAUUACAUUCUCUAUUCUCAUCCCUUUAAUUCCCCCAAAAAUGCCUUGAUGCAUCAUUAGUCAUAGUCUAAGUUGUUAUAUGGAGAAGACAUACUGUGCCUUCCUAUAAAUUGUCUUACCUACUUGACAUGCAUAGUUGUGACUUAUGACCAGUUAGGUAAUGAUAAUUUCCUUCCAGGUUUAAACAUACAUAAACAUUACAGUAAUUAGAUUCCUUAUCAAAGACAAAUACUAAUUGUUGAUGGUAUUUGAAAUGUUUCAACCAAAACAUUCUUAAUUCCCUUGGCAAUUAUGUAUUCAUCUCAAAUAAUGCAAGUUAAAAAAGGUCCUAAUUCAAAGAAAAUGUCCUAACUUUCAUUACAAUCACCUAACAAUUCCAAGCACUAAAUCUAUGAACUGUAUGUAGUAUUUGGAAAGCUUAAGUUAAAACCUAAUACAGGAAGGUUAAUAGGUCUUCACUACCAUGUCAAUCACUCAAAUUUCACAUACUGCAUCAAUGAAGUCUUAAUAUUAUAUCUUAAAUUAUUAGAAGCCUAAUAGCAUCCAUAUUUUUCAACCUGCAUCCUCCAGCUUCAUAAUGUUAGCUAGAUAUUUUUUUAAUAAAAUUAUUUAAUAUAA